CAUAGUUUAAGAAAUGUAGUAAAACUAGAUAAAAUGCAUUAAAUUUGUCUUGAAUCAAAAUAAACUUUCAAAAUUACCAUUUGUUAUUAGUGUUGGAAAGUGAGAAAGAGAAAGCAUAAUUAAUAAGAUACAUUUUACAAGUUAGAAUUAAUAAGGGCAUCAUUGGAAAAAAAUAAUUAAUAUAGCUCUAACUUUCAUUUGGUUAUUAUAAAAAUAACUAAGAUUUUUCUUCUCUUUCAUGCUUAUAAAUAGGACCGAAGGUAGUACACUCUCCAACAAAAAGGGAAAAAGAGAAAGAACUGCCAGAAAAAUCAGCAAUUACAUCCCUUCCAAAUUUGCAGCAGGUUUCUAGCCGCCAUAGCCGCCGCAAACGGUGCCUCUCUCACGCACCAACCACCCAAUAAAAAAGAAUAUAACACAAGUGCCACAAAUGGAAAACGACAAGGACAAAACCGCCACUACUUCAGGAACUGUCAACACCCCCGCCAACAACGACAACACCGCCACUACUUCAAGAACUCUCAGCACCGCUGCCAACAACGACAACACCGCCACUACUUCAAGAACUGCCAGCACCCCUGCCAACAACGACAACACCGCCACUACUUCAAGAACUCCCAGCACCCCUGCCAACAACGACAACACCGCCACUACUUCAAGAACUCCCAGCACCGCCGCCAACAACGACAACACUACCACUACUUCAAGAACUGCCACCAACGCACGCUCUUGCGCUGCUUGCACACACCGCCGCAGAAAAUGCUCCGCCGAUUGCAUUCUCGCACCGUAUUUCCCUCAAGACCGCCGCCAACAGUUCGCCAACGCGCACAGACUCUUCGGCGUCGCCACCAUUAUCAAAAUCAUCCAGGACUUGGAUCCCAUAACCCGAGACGACGCCAUGACAGCAAUUCUGUACGAAUCUGAUGCUCGAGCCAGGGACCCAGUUGGGGGCUGUUCCAGGUUGAUAAUGAUACUUCUAUCUAAGAUUGCGCAACACCAGCAGGAGCUGAAUGUGAUUCGUCAACAGCUCGCUUUACGACAAAUGAUGAUGCCACAGCCACAACAAAAUCACCCUGGUUUUCAAGAAGAAGGGAAUGGUGAUGAUGAGAGGAAUAUUCCUGACCUGAAUAAAGAAGAUGAGAAUGAUGAUGAUGAUGAUGAUGAUGAUGAUGAUGAUGGUGAGAAGCAUCUUCCAGACCUGAAUGAAAAAGAUGAGAAUGAUGAUGAUCAUGAUGAGAAGCAUCUUCCUGACCUGAAUAAAGAACCGAAAUAACCUUAGUGCAGUGAUGAUGAAGUGGUUUAAUUUAAGAUUGACAAGGUAGAGUGAUAAAAGGUUUUGCUGACUACAUUCAACAAACUCAACCCUGAUCAGAAAGGUGCAACAAUUUUUUUCAUUUGUUCCUAUAAAUCAAACUAGCUAAGGUGUUAUCAACUUGGCAGAGAUUGUAGAAAUUCCAUGCUCGUUUUUGCAGAAACUCUUAAGAGUGCUUCCUCCACAUUGUGUCCAACUUUAGUGACACGGUUUUCUUUUUGUACUCCUAAGAGUUGUUUGUGUAUAUAUGCAUUGCCCCAACAUUUUGUACUGAUUUUCUAUCCCCUGCUCUCAGAGUAAAAGAACAGAUUUGUUUACCAUAA